AGUAAAAAAAGUAGUAAGGCAGGUGGGCGUUGUCAACAGAAGAAAAGCACAGGGAAAAAUGACAAAAUGGAGAGAAAGUUGAGAGAGAAACUAGACCAGAAGGUUUUAAUGCCAAGCUGAGAGAGAGAGAGAGAGAGAGAGAGAGAGAGAGAAAGUGAUUCCACUGGUUUUUAGUGAGAGAAAGUGGACGUGGGGUAUUUUACAGGGCGAGAGAAGAUUGUAAAAGCGAGGUGGUACUGCUGGGAGAGUUCUGUCCUCAAAACCAGAACUUGUCCCACUUCAAAGUUUGGAUCUUUUUUUUUUGGGCUUUCAGGGGGGGAAGUGACUGAUUGAGAGGCACAGGAAAGGGAAGGGAAGGGAGGAGAGAGAGAGAGAGGGAUGUUUUUGUUAACUAUGGAGAAUGCGGUUGAGCUGCUUAUGUAGUUGUGUGCUUGUCCCCAGUGUAGGGAGCUUUCAGUGCUAGCUCAGCAUCUUUUUGCUUGGAAGGUGUUUGUUUGUUAUUGUGGGUUUUCACAAGAUGGGUGGUGAAGCGUAUGUUAGCAGAGCCAGGUGGACAUGGAAAGCUUUAAUACUGGCUUUGUGUUUAUGGGGUUUCAACUCGGUGUCUUCUGCGGCUAGGUUGAGUGCUUCAAGGCAGAAGCUUGAGGUUCAGAAGCAUCUCAACCGCUUGAACAAGCCCGCCGUGAAAAGCAUUAAGAGCCCAGAUGGGGACGUAAUAGACUGUAUUCAUAUCUCUCAUCAGCCAGCUUUUGAUCACCCCUAUCUCAAAGACCACAAGAUUCAGAUGAGGCCUACCUACCAUCCGGAAGGGCUGUUUGAUGAGAACAAGGUGUCUGAAAAACCCAAAGAAAGGUCAAAUCCAAUAACUCAGCUUUGGCACGUGAAUGGAAAAUGCCCUGAAGAUACUAUACCCGUGAGAAGAACAAAGGAAGAUGAUGUUCUGAGAGCAAGCUCAGUGAAAAGGUAUGGGAGGAAGAAGCACAGAACCAUCCCCAAACCCAGGUCUGCAGAUCCUGAUCUCGUUAAUGAGAGUGGUCAUCAGCAUGCUAUAGCUUAUGUGGAAGGAGACAAGUACUAUGGCGCAAGAGCAACCAUUAAUGUUUGGGAACCCAAAAUACAACAGCCUAAUGAGUUCAGCUUGUCUCAGCUGUGGAUACUGGGAGGGUCAUUUGGUGAAGAUCUAAACAGCAUUGAAGCUGGCUGGCAGGUCAGCCCUGAUUUAUAUGGUGAUAACAACACAAGAUUGUUUACUUACUGGACCAGUGAUGCAUAUCAAGCUACAGGUUGCUACAACCUACUGUGCUCGGGCUUUAUUCAAAUCAACAGUGAGAUAGCAAUGGGCGCAAGCAUCUCUCCUGUAUCUGCCUUUCGAAGUUCCCAAUAUGAUAUUAGUAUCCUUGUCUGGAAGGAUCCCAAAGAAGGGCAUUGGUGGAUGCAAUUUGGCAAUGACUAUGUAUUGGGUUAUUGGCCUUCAUUUCUAUUCUCAUACUUGGCUGAAAGUGCAUCCAUGAUUGAGUGGGGAGGCGAGGUAGUGAAUUCAGAGCCUGAUAGUCAGCACACUUCAACUCAAAUGGGAAGUGGUCGUUUUCCGGAGGAAGGGUUUGGCAAAGCAAGUUAUUUCAGGAAUAUUCAAGUUGUUGAUGACUCCAAUAAUCUUAAAGCCCCUAAGGGAAUUGGUACCUUCACUGAGCAAUCCAACUGCUAUGAUGUUCAAACUGGCAGUAAUGGGGACUGGGGCCAUUACUUUUACUUUGGAGGCCCUGGUAGAAAUCCAAAUUGUCCAUGAAGUAAAAUAGGAAACCCUUUUUACCUUCUGCCCUGCUUCAUUUUCCCUAUGUAUCAUUCAAAUCUAGGGUAAUGUCCUCCUGUAUACCUUUUUUUUUUUAUUUCCUCUUUAAUUUUAAUCUUUAGGUUGUGACUAGAAACAUGUGACAUCUGUGUAGUGGGAAGUUUUGACUAAGGGUUUUUUUUUUUUUUUUUUUUUUUUUUUUUUUUUUUUUAUAACUAAAAGAUUCUCUCCAUGUAAGUGGGUGGGAGGUCUAGGGAGAGAUGGCCAGGUUUCUCAAAAGUCUGCAGAAACAGGCCUUUCUAUGAAAAGAAAAACACUCUGUAUUCUAUUUGUUUGUUUUACUCCUCCCUCGGAGUGGCUUUGUUAAUGAAUUGAGUUUUUAUGGGUCA